AUGACAUUUGCUUGCUUGAACAAUUUUGCACCAAAUUAAAGAAGAAAAAGUAAUUAAUUUAUAGAUUUUAUAGAGUUUGGAGUAACAAAAAAUAAGAUUUUUUACAGAUCUAGCAGAGGUACUAACGACAAUCAAUAUCAUAGGAGCAAUUUUAUUUUAGAGAUGA